GAGUUAACUUUGCUGGCAUUCUCUGCACUUUUUGCGACGAGGUUUGCCGCCGACUUCGGCAUCUCCGUGGUAGGGGACGUCCCUGCGGGGCUCCCAAGCAGCUCCUGGCCUCUUCGCACCUCUGAGGACUUCGCGCUGGCGCAGGAGAUGCUUCCUGGGGCAACCAUGGUUGCCUUGGUCACCUUCCUCUCCUCCUUCGCGGGUGCCAAGAAGUUUGCUAUGCAAGCUGGCUAUCAG